ACCCGAGCGCCAGGGGCAGCAGGGUGGGGAACGAGUCGUUCCUGGACAACCAGAGGCAGCGCCACCGGCGUCAGCCUCGGCCCCAACACGGAGUAGGAGGGCGCCCGCGGGCCAGGGGGCUCCUGGACUCCGCAUCUGCUCGUGGAACUGGCUUUCUGCACCCAGUGGAUGUGAGCGGGACGUACGUGCGGAGGGCAGACGGGUGUUGUAUAGUCAUGUCACAUGUGUGUGUUGCGCGGAGUACACAUCCUUGUGUAGACGUGUGAAACGUGUGCGGUGUGGUGUGCAGAUGUGGGGGUUCAUAGAAUAUAGGGCUCCUCAUUCCAAGAGCGCCUGCCCUUCGCGAUGGGACCGUCAGGCCUCCCUCAGCCUUCGUCGGAACUGUCACAGCCACAUGACCCGGAAUUGGCGCGUGCGCGACUCCGCCUUAGGCUCCUCCCCUGCGAUUGAAACCCCGCCUCCGCCCCGCCCUCGCCACACUUUACGGCCGGGCACGCCAGUUUUGCUGCAGACGCUCCCGCUGCCGCUGCUGCUCCUGCCGUCGCGGCUCUUGCCGCUCCGGCCCUGUCUGCGCUGCUGCAGGGAGGCCGCCCUGGCCCGGCGAGCCGAACCAAUGCUGGAUCUGGAGGUGGUGCCCGAGCGCUCUCUGGGGAACGAGCAAUGGGAAUUCACGCUGGGAAUGCCUUUGGCUCAGGCAGUAGCCAUUCUUCAGAAGCACUGUCGCAUCAUCAAAAAUGUCCAGGUUCUCUACAGUGAACAGUCUCCUCUAAGCCAUGACCUCAUCCUUAACCUGACUCAGGACGGGAUCAAACUACUGUUUGAUGCUUUCAAUCAGAGACUUAAGGUGAUUGAAGUAUAUGACUUGACUAAAGUAAAGUUAAAAUAUUGUGGAGUACAUUUUAACUCUCAGGCCAUAGCUCCCACCAUUGAGCAGAUUGACCAGUCUUUCGGUGCAACCCAUCCUGGAGUGUAUAACUCCGCUGAGCAGCUCUUCCACCUCAACUUCAGAGGACUGUCUUUCUCUUUUCAGUUAGACUCGUGGACUGAGGCUCCCAAGUACGAGCCCAAUUUUGCCCAUGGUCUAGCUUCUCUCCAGAUACCCCAUGGAGCGACUGUGAAACGAAUGUACAUCUACAGUGGAAACAGUCUACAGGAUACCAAGGCUCCCGGGAUGCCCCUGAGCUGUUUCCUGGGCAAUGUGUAUGCUGAGAGUGUAGAUGUUCUUCGAGAUGGAACUGGACCCUCAGGUUUACGACUUCGCCUACUUGCUGCAGGUUGUGGGCCCGGCCUCUUAGCAGAUGCCAAGAUGCGAGUAUUUGAACGUUCAGUGUAUUUUGGUGAUUCCUGCCAGGAUGUUCUUAGCAUGCUUGGCUCUCCGCACAAGGUCUUCUAUAAGUCAGAGGACAAGAUGAAAAUUCAUUCUCCUUCCCCUCAUAAGCAAGUUCCAUCUAAGUGCAAUGACUACUUUUUUAACUACUUCACUCUCGGAGUGGACAUCCUCUUUGAUGCGAAUACACACAAAGUGAAGAAGUUUGUCCUACACACCAAUUACCCUGGGCAUUAUAAUUUUAACAUUUACCACCGCUGUGAGUUCAAGAUCCCACUAGCCAUAAAGAAAGAAAAUGCAGAUGGUCAGACAGAAACAUGCACAACCUACAGCAAGCCCAGAAGGCCUAGCAGCAAGUAUGGCUUAGAAAUGACAGAAGUUUCUGGUGUUGCCACAAACAUACUUCCUGUCCCUCCUCUGUGCAUUAGGACUGGGCCAGCUGUUCUGCAUGUUUACCUGGCAGGUCUUCCUCCCCAAACAACACCAACCCAUUUGGCUCCACAUUCUGCUUUGGUCUUCAGCGGAUGAUCUUUGAGGUCAUGCAGAAUAACCACAUUGCCUCAGUGACCCUGUAUGGCCCCCCCAAGCCUGGUGCCCACCUGAGAACAGCAGAGCUCCCCUAGGGACAUCAGCACCCAUGCCCCUCUGCCUAUGGAACUGUGCAUCGCAUCCUGCUCAGCGGGCCUCCAUGUGCCACCCUGUGGGUUUUCCUGGACACUUUGCCAGUGUUGAACAGCUGUUGUGGUGUUCUGAGGUGGGGCUCAGGCUGGGUGCUCUGCCAUGGGGUGAGAGGCCCAGAUAUUCCUCUGUCCGUCCUCAGCCUGCUGGUGCCAACAGGGGACACAGACUGCAAAGAGAAGCACAAACUCUGAGCCUUGAUACCUGGACCCAGGAGCUCUCAACUAACACGUAAGGAGGCAGAGUUCUGUCUCCCCUGUCUCACACACAUUGGGAAAACUUAGGACUCUUUCUGUUGCUGAAGACACAGGCACCCAGGACGAGGACAAGGUCUUGCCUUUGUCCCAGCGUUGCCACGUGACCCUUAAGGCAAGCAGGUAGCAUGUCCGUAGUACUUGGUUGUGACUUUUGCACUACAUCCACUUUAGUUACUUGAUGAGCUGGCUGUGGCCAAGAUGGCCCACCUGCCCCUCCCUGUUCCUUUCUUGCACGUGCUCCCUGCCAGGCCAAGUAGGCACACCUAACUGGUUGAAGUACAGCUUUCUACCAUCCAGGUUUGUGCCCAGGCCUGGUUCCCAACCCUCUUGGAGCCAGCCUUCAAGGUCUCCUGUGCCCCGCUCUGCCCCAACCUGGCUAGCAGGGCUGCAUUGUUUCCAUUCUGUUUGCCUCUUUUAUUUAAUGCCAAAGUUUUAGCCAAAGACAUCUUCCUCCUUUUGUUGUGUUUCAGCAUUCUGUUCUGCACUGUGGGCUGGCUCCCCUGCCCCAACCCUGGGCAGUGUCCCCUGGUCAUGCCCCAUUCAUGGUUCAAGGCCUCUGGGGGCUCUGGGAGGGCUGGGCUGCUCAGUCUUUUCAUGGGUCCUGCUAAGGAAAGUAGCGUAUGUGCUUUAAAAAUAUUAAUCCUUUUGAAAAGAAUUGAGAAGAGAAAUGUAUAAUUUUAUCCCAUUUUUAAUAUUUUGGUCUAGCAACUUGUGAUACAUAGAUGACAAUUUUGUGAGUUUUUCAAAUGUGUGUACAGAUUUUUGUAAAUAUGAUUCUUUUGUAAUUAACUCAUGUACAGCCUCAUCCUGUAUAGUUUAACAAUGAAUGUGCAGGGGACCUGCCCCAGGUUUCUAUGUGGUUCCUGGGCCUGUGUGGCACUCCCAUGACUUUGUGACUGACUGGUGUCUUCCCUUUUGGCCUGGCCAGAGACCCCCGUACAUCCCACUGUUGGAGCAGCUAGGUACUAUUCCCAUUUCCUGGAAUGAGAGAACCUUCCUCAUGCCCUGCCCUCACCCCUCCUCCAAUAAAGACCUGUGCCCUUAGCAACGGCUCACCAUGUGCUGUUGCUGGGAUGUUUGUACUAAAA